ACCUGGGGCCAACAAUAGUGGCUAAGCUUACUUCAUAUCUUCGUGCCUUGGCUUAUUAGUGGGUGCAAUAGAUAUCACUCAUUCUUAACCGUUUAGUACAACUUCACAUUUUAGAAGAAAAACUCUCUUUUGCUGCAGCAGAGGAGGAAAAAGCAUGGCUGCACAAGCUUUGGUAUCAUCAUCGUCUCUUACCUUCUCAGCGGAGGCUGCAAGACAAAGUCUUGGAGCAAGAUCACUCCAAUCUCCUAUUGGAUUCUCCAAAAAAGGCUCCUUUAUUGUUAAGGCAGCUUCCACUCCCCCUGUCAAGCAAGGAGCAGAUAGACCUUUGUGGUUUGCAUCAAAGCAGAGUCUUUCUUACUUGGAUGGCAGUCUUCCCGGUGACUAUGGAUUUGACCCUCUGGGACUUUCAGACCCAGAAGGAACAGGAGGGUUCAUUGAGCCCAGAUGGCUAGCAUAUGGAGAGAUCAUCAAUGGUCGUUAUGCAAUGUUGGGAGCAGUUGGUGCCAUAGCACCUGAAAUUCUUGGAAAGCUUGGUCUGAUUCCUCCUGAAACAGCACUGCCAUGGUUCAAAACGGGUGUGUUUCCACCUGCAGGAACAUACAACUACUGGGCGGACCCCUACACACUCUUCGUGUUUGAGUUGGCACUUAUGGGAUUUGCGGAGCACAGGAGAUUCCAAGAUUGGGCCAAUCCUGGAUCAAUGGGGAAGCAGUAUUUCUUAGGACUAGAGAAAGGUCUUGGAGGUUCUGGUGACCCAGCUUACCCUGGAGGACCUUUCUUUAACCCUCUUGGUUUUGGCAAAGAUGAGAAAUCCAUGAAGGAUUUAAAGCUGAAGGAAGUGAAGAAUGGAAGGUUGGCUAUGUUGGCAAUCUUGGGUUACUUUAUUCAAGCUAUUUUCACAGGUGUUGGGCCAUUCCAAAACCUCCUAGACCAUCUCGCUGACCCAGUGCACAACAACAUCUUGACCAAUCUCAACUUCUACUAAAUAUUUCGUGUUGAAUGCAUCGUCGAAGGUCGCUUAAUUUUUGGACAUUUACUGUUAUCUUCCAUUGAAGCAAAUGGAUAUAUCAACAAGGAGAAAACCAUUGAUCUACUGGGUUUUCGUUUCCGUCGUUGCUAUUGUCUUUGUUCAAAUUAGCAAUGCUUUUUAUCUUCCGGGAAGCUACAUGCACACAUACUCGAAUGGAGAUCAGAUAUAUGCCAAAGUGAAUUCCUUGACUUCUAUUGAGACUGAGCUUCCCUUCAGCUACUACAGUCUCCCUUACUGCAAGCCCCUCGGUGGCAUAAAGAAAAGUGCUGAGAAUCUUGGAGAACUCCUUAGGGGAGAUCAGAUCGAUAACUCUCCCUACCUUUUCCGCAUGAAUGUCAAUCAGUCAAUCUACCUCUGCACCACGACCCCAUUGAAUGAACAUGAGGUAAAGCUACUGAAACAAAGAACUCGUGAUCUGUAUCAAGUAAAUAUGAUCCUUGACAAUUUGCCUGUUAUGAGGUUUGCCAAUCAAAAUGGGGUUAAAAUCCAGUGGACAGGGUUCCCUGUUGGCUACACCCCGCCAGAUGGUAGUGCAGAUUACAUCAUUAACCAUCUCAAAUUCACAGUCUUGGUUCACGAAUAUGAAGGAAGUAGCGUUGAAAUCAUUGGGACUGGAGAGGAAGGUAUGGGAGUUAUUUCUCAAUCUGACAACAAGAAGGUAUCUGGAUAUGAAAUUGUUGGUUUUCAGGUUGUCCCUUGUAGCGUUAAGCGCGAUCCUGAAGUCAUGACAAAGCUCCACAUGUAUGACAAUAUUUCUUCAACAAACUGCCCAUCUGAGCUAGACAAGUAUCAACCAAUAAAAGAGCAGGAGAGGAUAUCCUUUACAUAUGAAGUUGACUUCGUGAAAAGUGAUAUAAGAUGGCCAUCACGUUGGGAUGCUUAUUUAAAGAUGGAGGGUUCCCGGGUACAUUGGUUCUCGAUCCUAAAUUCACUUAUGGUGAUUUUUUUCUUAGCUGGUAUUGUCUUUGUCAUUUUUUUGAGAACUGUGAGAAGAGACUUGACAAGGUAUGAGGAAAUGGACAAAGAGACGCAAGCUCAGAUGAAUGAGGAGCUUUCUGGAUGGAAGCUUGUUGUCGGUGAUGUCUUUAGAGAGCCUGAUUGUUCAAAGCUUCUUUGUGUGAUGGUUGGGGAUGGGGUUCAGAUUCUUGGAAUGGCUGGUGUUACUAUUGUUUUUGCAGCUCUAGGUUUUAUGUCACCAGCUUCCAGAGGAAUGCUGCUGACAGGGAUGAUAAUUUUAUAUCUUUUCCUGGGAAUUGCUGCUGGAUAUGUCAGUGUACGUCUAUGGAGGACCAUUAAGGGAACUUCGGAAGGCUGGAGAUCAAUUUCCUGGUUUUCUGCAUGCUUUUUUCCUGGAAUUGCUUUUAUUAUUCUAACAGCACUGAAUUUUCUUCUCUGGGGCAGCAAAAGUACUGGUGCUAUUCCAAUUUCGUUGUAUUUUAAGUUGCUCUUCCUCUGGUUUUGCAUUUCAGUGCCACUUACCCUCAUUGGAGGAUUUAUGGGCACAAAAGCUCCGCAGAUUGAAUAUCCCGUGCGAACUAACCAGAUUCCGAGGGAAAUUCCUGCACGUAAAUAUCCAUCAUGGCUUCUUGUUCUUGGUGCAGGAACGCUUCCAUUUGGAACCCUCUUCAUUGAACUUUUCUUUAUCCUUUCCAGUAUCUGGCUUGGGAGGUUCUAUUAUGUAUUUGGUUUCCUGUUGGUUGUUCUUCUAUUGCUAGUAAUCGUUUGUGCUGAAGUGUCAGUGGUCCUCACAUAUAUGCACCUUUGUGUGGAAGAUUGGCGGUGGUGGUGGAAAUCAUUCUUUGCGUCAGGCUCUGUUGCUCUUUAUGUCUUCUUGUACUCCAUUAACUACUUGGUUUUCGACCUGCAGAGUUUGAGUGGACCUAUCUCUGCUAUACUUUAUCUUGGCUAUUCACUGCUUAUGGCAAUCGCAAUCAUGUUAUCAACUGGAACCAUUGGCUUCCUUGUGUCAUUUUACUUUGUGCACUACCUGUUCUCAUCAGUAAAGAUCGAUUGAAGUUCCCUUUGCUAUCUCUCAUCAACUUAAGCACAAGGCAUGCUGGAAGAGGAAAUUUUCUUAAUCGUUAUAACUUCCGGUUAAUUCUUUUUGUAGCUUGAUUGCUUUGCAGCAUUUGAGUUGGGAACAGAUGCCUUGCUGAUUGCAGUAAAUAGUCGUCCCAUGAUUUUAUGUUGCUAUGUGAACUACAGUUUUUCCCCUCCUACCUGUCGCCCGUAUGUGGUUUACUCAUUUGACUAGUAUUUGAUAUCAUUUGUUUCAUGUGGUUUAGUUUAGUCAAGUUGUUUGAAGAAGUUGUAAUUGCUCAGACUGUCUCAUUCCUUAUUCAUUCAAUACUGAUUAAAAAAAUUAAAUGGAUACUUCUAAAUUUCUUCAACAUUUCUACUGUGCUUCUGGGUGUUCAUAUUAUGUUCAAGGAUUGGAAAGUGUCUUUUUCACUAACGGUAUUUUCCUAUCUUAAUUAUCCACAUAGCUUGGUAUUAUAUUAUUUUUUAUUUUUUAUUUUUUUAAUUGCUGACUGCUCGUAAUACCUCGUACAUAUUAGUCGGAGACGUGGAAUAUAUUAAAUGUACUGAAAACGACCUGUGAAAAUUCUUCUUAGGGAAAUAUAUGUCAACAAAUUGUAGGCCAGUCCAUCAGUAACUCUUCAGCAGAACUGGAUCCUGUCAUUUUCCUUUUCUGUGUUAUGAUAAUAAAGACAAAACGGGUUUAAUGUUUGUGUCCUUAUCAGUAAAUAGUUCAUAAGGAUGAUUGACUGUCGAUCUGUCUCAUACCACUAAUCUCCUCACAAAGGGAAGCCGCCCUUUCCACCAGCUCAUGCGUGAUCACUUUUUUAUGAACUCCUAUGCUGAGGGGCCACAUUUAGUUGCAACAGAAUGGCACGUGGCAUGGGAAAGAGAAUGGGUUAAUGUAGUCCUGUGGGAGUUGAAAAUAGGCUGUGUGAAGCAACUAGCGGGAGGAUAAAAGAGAGAGAACGAGGGUUGAAGUGGGGAAUUAUGAUAAAUCCAGACUUCUCUCUAUCUCUUUGAUCUAAUCUUCUCAUUCUCUUUUCUGGAACUAACAUUUCCGUUGUUUAUUUUUAGCCCCUUUUUACUGGCUUGGUUCAUUCUGUUGAUAAACAGUUAUGUCAUUUACAUAUUCGUUCAUUUGACCCAUUUGUUGCCGUUACACAUUGAUAUAAAGUCCUCGAGUGAUGCCGGCAGAUGGAGGGAAUUAGAAUAGACCAUAUUGCACGGAAAGGUAAACUGAUUUUAGGGGCAAGUAUGUCGCGGGGAAGAAAGAUCCUUGUAAGUUUUGAGACACUCUUCUGUCAGGGUUAGGCCCUCUUCUACCGCUGGUAUUAGUAUCACCUUUGUUAGGAGAUGGGUACCUUCGUUGGUUUAUAUAAAGUAAUAAAUUUACAGGUGCUUCGUAUACUUUCCUCGUUGGUUUCGUAUGAUUUUGAUAACAAUUACGCAGGAAGUGAACGAAACACAUCAAAUACGGAUCUCGGUCUGUUUCUUCUGGCUACUAUCCCUUGGCAAUCUUUUCAAUUUAUAUUGUUUAUCCAAUUUGACAAGUUACUUGAGAAAUUCUUGGCUAAAUCUUGUCUCCACAAGUUAUGCAGACUAAAUUGAUAG